AUGCGCAGCGAAUGCACAUUAACCGAUGAAAAGCAAAGCAGCCUCCAGGGAUCCUGCUCUUCACGGAGUGGCCCCUUCGCGUCACACCAGGCAGAAACGGAGGACAGCCAAGAGGACAAAGAAAAAGAAAAUGCAGCCCCUCUGCAAGGCCUAGCUCGCAUCGACUUAAGCUUGCUUCCUGGCCCCAGCAAGCGCCGCAAGGAGAUUCCCUUAUCGUGCUCCUUAUGGGAGAUAAAACAACAAAUAGAAGGAGAGCUCAAAGUGCCCGCACUCGUAGUAGCCAUAGCGCCACGCUCCUACUGGGAUAUAAACGAACAGCAUGAGCCUGGAAAACCAGAGGGACUUAAUGGUCUAGCGGCCCCUGGAGGCAGCCCUCCUUCUCCUCUGCCUUGGAGCACAACCCUGGGGGACCUAGGGUUUGUCCCAGGAGCUGUGGGCUCCCUCGCGGUGUAUCUCCUUAGACAGUCAAACAGUAAUGACGGGGAGGGGCCGCUGACGCUUGAUCUACUGGGGGUCCCGGAGUGUCUCCUUGAUGCUACAGCAGGUAUUUCCUUGGUUGUUCGUACGCGUCAUUCGGUGGCUUGCCAGACGGCUUGGAAGUCAUCUAUCUCCACCCAAUGUCAGCGUGAAGCUUCAGGUUGCCCGCCUAAAAAGGGAGUCUUUUUUUCCAGUGCUAUGGAUAAAGUGCUCAGCCCUGGUGAGUACGUGUGCGCCAAUCAGUGGGAAGCCAUGCGACACAAAAGUGCUACAGUCAUUCAGCAGUACGCCAGAGUAUGGGCUGCGCGUAAAGAGGCCCAGAGACGAAGGCAAGAAAGAGAUGAACACCUGCAACGGGAGCGGCAGCAGCGGGAGAGACAGCAGUGGGAAGCAGACGUCAGGAAAAGGAGACAAGAACAGAGGGCAGCUUGCCCCAUCACCCCAGCAGACUUUGCUAUCCUUCUCGCAGAGGUCGAAGCCUGGCGUUGCCUCGAGGCAAAGAAGCUUCGCGGUGGCGAGCUGGCAAGGAUCCGCAGGGGUACAGAGAAGGAUCUGCGGGUAGCCCACUUGUCGCUGCUGCAGCAAGAGACGCAUCUGCUGCGGCGUAUUGGCCGCCUCAAGCAGGAGGCCAAUCAGCAGAGGAGGCGGUACCGGGAACAUCGUUUACUUUGCCUGAUGGGCGAGCCUCUGAUUUGGGUUCAGUCAGAUGGAGAGACAGCAACUGUUUACACCCCCGAAACUACAAGGGCCCGCGAAUUGCACGUCCUCUAUCUGCGCCUCUCCUCAGGCUCGCUUCAAGGCCCUGACAGGCUGGACGCCCUCGCGGCAGUCCGAGAUGCAGUGGGGACCUAUGAAAGCCCUUUGGCGGGGGAGGUGCGGGAGCUGCUACAGCGUGAGGAGACGCUGUUGGCUAGAGGAAGAAGCAAGGCCCUGCCGCUCUCGGGGCUGAGGCGGAGGCUUAGCACACAAUUUUUUAGGCUCCUUUUAGACCCCGCAUUCAAUCCACAAGCACAGGGCGCGCCAGCUGGUGAAAACCAGGAGGAUAAGCCUCCACACUCAAGGACACAUCAAAGGGUCAGCAUCAGACCCUUUCGUGCAUCUCCUUGUCCAGUCCCCUACAACUUUCUCAGCCUCAGACGGACGAAGAGUGCCUCUGCGUGCCUCUGGAGUAGGAAGCUGAGGUGGCAGGACAGAGGUCAACAGGUGCCCCCUGCCAGUCGCAAACAUCGUACUGACAACGAUUACAACGCUUCAAACACAAGAAGGAGUGCUGUUGGGACUGCCGGGAGUCCCUCAGGAGCCAGCGAAAAUUUUCAAAGGGGCCCUCUCAUCUGGGUAUGGGCAGUCGUAUGA